GGGCACACUACUCUGCUCUUACACCUUCAAAGGGACAGCACCGGUAGGCGUGUAACAUGCUAGCAGAAAUGUAAUAAUCUUACCUUCGUAUUAUAAAGUGGGAGAAGUAGGUGAACUUAGGAACAACCAAAGAAACAUUAAGAUUGUAUAGCAACAUUCAGAAGCCUAUCAAAAUGUAUAAGCCGGUAGCUAUGAGACCAAUCACUUUAGUCACGUGCCUUACUUUCUGGUUCUGUGUCCUAGUUCCAUCAAGUCAACAACAAAACAACUUCCUAACAGACAACAGACUCGCCAGGAAAGGAAACGAUUUCAUAACAGGUCUUUCAAGUUUAGGUACCAAAGUUGACUGCUAUGAUCGUUGCUACGACGCUUACCUUAGCAACAGGAAUGACGUAACUGGAUGUAUUUGUAGUCAAUAUGAUUUCCAUGGAAGAAAUAAAAUUCUGAACUGCAAUUGUCCACAAGGUACUUUAUGUGAGCAGACGUUUGGAAGCAGAACUUGCAUACCACGUGGUGACAUUGGCGGCGCCAUCAUUGGAGGAGGCAAAUAUGGUAGUGGACCCAUUCCCGACUACAGCAAGUUAAGUGGUCCGUUAGCGAGCAAUAAAGAGCUUUGUGGUGAAGUGGUCAACAACUGUCGGGCCAAAUCGCUUGGGUUCAACAUCGUCUACAAGUUCACUUUUGACCCCAUCCAGCAGACAUGCGUCAGGAUCCUGGUCUACGCGACAUGCAUAUCCGGAAAUCUGUUUGAUACGCCCUUGGAAUGCAGCAGGGUGUGUGAUGGUGGAAAGGCCUACUAGAAGAAGCAUGAAUUUAGCUCGUCUCUUAGAAAUCUACAAGGAGAUCAAAUCCUACCAUUCAAGGAAGAUUGAAAUAAUUUUUAAAAAUAUGGACUUACUCAAAAAGCAACUAAAAUAUCGUAGCCAGCAUCCUCGAACAAUUAAAAAAAACACUCUAUGGGAUAGUGUUCAAAUGAAGUGUUAGUUAAGAUUCAUUCACGCUUCGGCCAUAUUGUAUUAACUAUUCUUGCAUAAUUCAUUUUAAAACUAUUUAAAAUUCAUGGAUUAGUUAAAGAUAAACAUUAGAAUACAUCAGGGAAAACGUGGUUUAGACUUAGGCAAGUAAAAUGCUAAAGUAUCGAGUCAGUGAGAGCAAUUGCAGUUAAUCUACGUGAGUUGAAUAUAGCCUCAAAACUAAAAACCAGCGAACAUAAGCUUUAUCAUUGUUGAUGUCCAAUAUAUGUAUGUCCAUGUCGCUUUUUUAACAUCACAUUUCACUGGCUACUUUUCUGGUUAAUUGUUUAAGACCAGGUAGCUAACUAAUGUAAUUCUUCUCUGUCGAUGUAAAUAAAAGGGCUAUGAGACUUCUAUAUCACUGCACAGAAUCACCACGAGACUAGAUGCACAAGAAUAGCUCCGCACCUGAAAUCAUUUAGUUAGUUUCUUUUUUUAUAACAUAUUUUUAUAACAACUUUUCUAAACUGCAAUGUGAACAUCUUGUAAAACGAGCAUAUUGUCAAUAAAAUAGUUGGGAAUGAUA